AUGGAGGAGACCAACACAACUGACCUCUCUCUGAGCUACGUGACUUCUGGAUAUGCAGUCUCUCAGGCAGCUAACGAAUGUCAAUACAUGCCAGAAGAUUAUAGUACGUUGGCAAUUUCAGCUGUCUCUAUUGGUAUUUGCCUGUGUGGACUUGUGGGGAAUGUCGUUGUCAUGUGGUUCCUGGGCUUCAACAUGAAGAAGAGCUCCUUCACUGUCUAUGUCCUGAACCUGGCCAUCGCUGACUUCUCUCUGCUCCUGUUCCUUUUUGUUAAUCGUUCGUUAUACAUUAUUUUCGCAGUCUAUUGUAUUUUCUCAUAUGAAUAUCUAUUGACCAAUUCUGUCCUGGCAUAUCUGUUUCUGUUUUCGUAUUUUGCCAGCAUGUAUCUCCUGACAGCAAUGAGCAUGGAGAGGUGCCUGUCUGUUUUGUUCCCAAUCUGGUACCGGUGCCGCCGCCCAAAGCGCUUGUCAGGCAUCAUGUGUGGGCUGCUCUGGGCUCUCGCAGGACUUUUUGUUUCUUUGCUUUUAACUAGCUGUUAUUUUGGUCCACUCUGUGUACAACUACUUCGAGGUAUAAGCACUGUGAAUUUUCUCAUUUUCUUUUUAUUCCCUUUCCUUUCCAACCUUUCCCUGUUCAUCAGACUCCGCUGUAGCUCACAGAGACGGCACCCUGGGAAACUCUAUGUUGCUAUCCUGCUCAGUGUGAUCUUCCUGUUAAUCUUUGGGUUUCCCCUCACCCUAAAUUUUUUUCUUGGUCAUAUUGGCAUACAUGUAUUUAUACUUCAAAAUUCUUAUGUGCUGGCAUCGCUGAACAGCAGCAUCAACCCGUUCAUUUAUUUCCUGGUGGGGAGCUGCCGGAAGCGCCGAUUCCAGGGCUCUGCAAAAGUUGCCCUUCGCAGAGUGUUCGAAGAGAAAACGACAAGCGAGGAGGGAAGCCACAUGCCUGGGGACAAUGUGGUGGAGGCCACUCUGUAA